ACCGACAAGAGAGGUGCUGUGAAGGCACAGACAUGGAAGUACCAGCUGGAGGAAAAACGUAAACAGCAGAAAGAAGCGGCUUGCUUCAAGGCACGUCCAAACACCGUCAUCUCCCAAGAGCCCUUUGUUCCCAAGAAGGAGAAGAAAUCAGUUGCUGAGGGCCUUUCUGGUUCUCUAGUUCAGGAACCUUUCCAGCUGGCUACUGAGAAGAGAGCCAAAGAGCGGCAGGAGCUGGAGAGGAGAAUGGCUGAAGUGGAAGCCCAGAAAGCACAGCUACUGGAGGAGGCCAGGCAGCAGGAGGAAGAGCAGAAGAAGGAGGAGCUGACCAAGCUGCGGCGAGAACUG